AUGCAGACUGCUUCUACAAACAUUUGUGAAAGAAUGGGUCGCUCUCAGGAGCUCAGUGAAUGCAAGCAUGGUACUGUGAUAAGUUGCCACCUGUGCAAUAAGUCCAUCCGUGACAUUUCCUUGUUACUAAAUAUUCCUCGGUCAACUGUUAGUGGGAUUAUAACAAAGUGGAAGCAACUGGGAACAACAGCAACUCAGCCACAAAGUGAGUGGGGCAUGCUGAAGCAUACAGUAUGCAGAAGUCGUCAGCUGGCUGCAGAGUCAAUGGCUAAAGACCUCCAAACUUCGUGUGGCCUUCAGAUUAGCACA